AUCCCACCCAAAAAGAAACUAUGAAACGCGCGUGCGUGUGCUAAAUUUGAAACAUGGGAAUGGAUCUAUCAAAAUUCUUGUAGUUUUGGCUUAGUAGUAGUAAUAGUUAUUAAAUAUAUUAAAAAUUAGAAAUGUGAAAUUAUUAAUUGUGCAAUUAACUGCUUCCCAAAGCGACCGGCGAAACAUAACUGGAUCUAAUCAAUGAUGGAGCCGGAAGAGAACUGUGAGCUCAAGUUUAAGCUAGCCCCCGACGAAUUGCCAAAAGUACAUAUAAAAUGCAAGUACAACCGUCCUCACACCAGUCCACAUGUAUCACCAGAAACAACAAAUCCGUCUACAUCGGGCCUUCAGACUACAAUUGAAACAGAUAAGAGCAGCAUGAGAAAAAAUGACGAUGAUGCAACCACCAACGAAAAGGAAAAUGAAGCUUCCAUAUCCGACUGGAUAUCGGGCGGCCCGUAUGGAUCGAAGGGCGCUGUUCUGGUGUUCAGAUCAUGUGUCCUAGCCUCCCGUACUCCGUCGCUGGAAUCCACGACGAAAACAGUUGGCAACAAUACUGGAACGACAAUAUUGCUGAACAAAGCCAAGAAUAUGGCGAGGCGGUUGGUUGCAGAGCCUCACGCGUUCAGUGUGCGACCGAAGACUAUAAUGCAUGAUGUUAUGGAGACAUUCGGCAACGGUGCUAAGUAUCAAGGCCAGGCGUACGUGGUGCGACACGUGAGUGAGGCGGAGGUGCCGAUGACCGAGUCUGUGGAGGAACAGGGACAUGAGCCCAGGGAGCACAAGAGGGACAUCGAGGAUGUGCUCAACGAUCUGAGCAAGAUCACGCUCAAGAAACAUUUGAAUAUAGAGAACACGACGGCUAAUAUAAAACCACCUGAAGAUCCGCCGCCGCAGUCCGCUAAAGAUCAAAAAGAAGACAAAAAAGGCAAGAAGUGUAAAGGCAAGAACAAACGCAAGAACGGUCCUACCCAGAGGAUAGCGUCACCAGUGUUGGACAGCGACGACUCCGAGCAUCUCCUCGUGAAGGACGUUGACAGUGUUAAGGUCCUGGAGAGCACCCACAUGCCGGCGAGGCUGCUCAAGAUCACGUACAAGCUGGUGAACACGGAGACGAAGCUCCUGCACCGGUUGCUCCAGGCCCACGGUCUGCAGGAGACCGUGUCGGAUUCCAAAGACUUCAAUCUCAUGUGGUCCGGUCUUCAUCCGAAGCCCGAUGUGCUGAGGUCGCUGUCGCCAUACCAGCGGGUCAAUCAUUUCCCAAGAUCCUACGAGCUGACGAGAAAAGAUAAGUUGUUUAAGAACAGAAAAAUGCAAUAUUUUCGCGGGUUGAAACAUUUUGAUUUCAUCCCCACUACUUUUCUGAUGCCGGUUGAGUAUAAGGAGCUGUGUUCGACCCACUACAGGACCAAAGGGCCUUGGAUGGUGAAGCCCGCUGCCUCCAGUAGGGGCAGGGGCAUCUAUAUUGUUAAUACGCCAGAACAAAUACCAAAAGGCGAGAAUGUGGUGGUAGCAAAAUAUAUAGACAAACCUCUCCUCAUCGGUGGUCACAAAUGCGACCUGAGGCUGUACGUGUGCGUGACCUCAAUGGACCCUCUGCUGAUCUAUCUGUACGAGGAGGGCCUCGUCAGGUUCGCUACAGUGAAGUACGACCACACCAACAAGAACCUGUGGAACCCUUGCAUGCAUCUGUGCAACUACAGCAUAAAUAAAUACCACACCGAUUAUAUCAAAUGCGACGACCCAAACGCGGGCAAUAUAGGCCACAAGUGGACCCUGUCAGCACUCCUGCGCCACCUCCGCAAGCAGGGCCGCAACACCACCGCGCUGAUGGCGUCCAUCGAGGACCUGGUGGUGAAGUCCAUCCUGUCGUCCGCGCAGACCAUCACCGCCGCGGCGAGGGUGUUCGUGCCCAACUUGUUUAAUUGUUUUGAGUUAUUCGGAUACGAUAUAUUAGUGGACGACAUGUUAAAGCCCUGGCUGUUGGAAAUCAAUCUGUCGCCAAGCCUGGCGUGCGAGAGUCCGCUGGACGCGCGAGUGAAGUCCGCCUUGCUGGCCGACACGCUGACGCUGGUGGGGCUGCCGGCCGUGCCCAUGGCCAAGGCGGAGCUGUCCGAGAGGACCACCAGCCUCAAGAUGAGGAUCGGCGCCUGUCGUCGCGUACACUCGGCAGAAAACGUAUGCGUCCGCGGCAAGAGUAACAGCGUGAACGGCCAGGCGAACGGACAGGGGCAGGGUCCCCUGGCGGGGGUGCUCACUGGAGAGGAGCUGCGCCUGGUGAGGUCUGUCAGGGCGCAGUACGCGAGGAGGGGCGGCUUCGUCAGGAUAUUCCCCAGUCAGAACUCUUGGCAGAAGUAUUCGCAGUACCUUGAUCCAGUGACCGGCAUCCCGGUGUGCUCGACGUCGCUGAACAACAACAUUCCCUACCAGGUGGUGCAGCACAACUAUAACCUGCUGGUGCACUCGCACGUGCUGCCACACUUCCAGCACGCCACCGUCGCCACCAGCCUCACCGACACGCCGCAGAGGCUGAAGCGGUACGAGGCGGUGAGCAUCACGUCCACGGCGCCCGCCAUCAGCCUCGGCGAGCCCGCGCCGCCGCGCCACCACGACACGCGCCGCGCCAAGGAGCUGGUCAAGCGCCAGCUGCACGACGGCAUGAAGCUCACUCGCGGCGAGGGUCGUCGCGCGUUCGGCCUGUACCUGACGCACGUGCUGAAGCGCCUGUCGAGCGGGGCGGAGGCGGCGGCGCGCCACGCCGGCCUCGUGCUGCGCUUCCUGCAGCGAGCCUCCGCCGCGCUGCGCGUGCCCUACAACCUCAAGGGUCCGCCCGCGAAGAUGUGCGACAAGGACCGCUGCGCCGUGAUCGCGAAGCAGCUGAACGACUUCCUGUACAUGUACUACCGCGAGACCGACCUCUACACCGACAGCGAGGACAAGGACGGAUGCGUCUCCAACAUACACUUCGCGCAGUUCCUCUACUCCGCCAGUGAGGCGGACCUUGAAGAGGUUUUGUUACUAGUGCUGAAGCUAGAUAACUACACGGCGUCGUUCCUGGGUGACUCGCGCAACCAGCUGUGCGUGGACCUCCCGCCCGCCAGGCUGUGUCCCGAGCCGGCCGCCAGGCACACGCUGCUCAAACACCUGGCCGCGCUGGCGCCACUCAACACCAGGCGAUAUAGGCCCUCACCCGACUCACAAAGUCGGUCGGAGCCCGAGGAGGCGCCGCCGGCCACGUCGGACGCGGAGCGCUCGCCCCCGCCGCCCAUGUUCACCAGCUCCGACGUGGUGCUGAAGGAGUCCAUGAAAGAGGAGAAGCCUCUCACCCAGGCGCUCAAGUUCGCCAGGUCAUAGCGACCGCCAGGUACCAACGUGUGAGCCCGAGGUUUGAUAACGCGUUUUGUCUCAAUUUUGUGGGGUGAAGUAGCUUAUGUUAAGUUGGUGAUGAAAACUAUUAUUGUCAGUUAUGAUUUAUUUCAUUGAAGCUUAUAUAUUUCUGUUUUAUAUAUUAGGUAUCAGGUAGGAAAUGCGAUUAACCACAUUACGGCAUUUAUUUCUCAAACAUUAUUAUAACUAAAUUAAAUUCAUAAAACAACAAAUUUCAUCGUGUAACUUAACAUAUCCUGCAAGUAACCUGAAUAAAUAUUAAGUUCCUAAUAUUUCAUUUAAUUUAUAUUAAUUAUACUCGUGGCUUACCGAGCUUCGCUUAGCCUAACAAAGUUGCAAAUAUUAUUAAAUUAUUCCCUAUUCAUUGAGCACAAAACGUGUAAAUGAAAUCCUGCAAAUUGAAUACUGCCAAUUAGUAUCAAUUCUGGCAACACUGUGAGGACGUGUCAGAUGACGUCACAAGUUGGUGAUAGUGUUAGCAUACCUCCAUGCCUUCUCGUGUCAGUAAGUAGGACAAUUUUUAAACGUUUUAAUGCACAUUCUGAACAAUUUCAAGUAAAACAUUUAGUUUCGAGUUAAAGUUUGUUGUCCAGUCAUUUUCAAAUAGUAAUAAACUCUUCGUUUCCAUAUUCUAAGAACUACAGAGAUUAUUCGAAUCCAGAGUUCAAUAUAUAAUAGAAAUAAUUUGUGGGACAUAAGCUGGCAAUACUAUCGAUAGUACAGCUCAAAAAACUAAUAGAGCCGUUAAAACGCAAACAAUUCAAACAAUGGUUUACCUAUCAUGUUUAUUCGUAUCAGAGUGUGCAUUGAAAAUGUCUGCCGUUUACAAUAUAGCAAUAAUAAAUUUCUUCUUAAGAAAGUCAUUGUCGAUAUUUAGUUUGUUUACCAAAGAUCACAUAUUUUACGUGAUAUAUUAGUGCGUAGCUUGUCCGGCGCUAGGACUCGACGCAGUAAAUGUGCAAGUGAGAUAGCUAGUAUACUCGUCUCUUUCUUCCAUAUAACUUCCAAUCUUGCUAGUCGAUUAAAGGGUAAAUGUAAUUAAAUUAUAUUGUACAGGUUUACAUGGCUAUUUGCUUUGAGUGAAUCAAAGUGAUUUGCUGUUUAAAAUAUCUAUGAAAUUCUAUUUGAACCACUAUAUACUUGUGUGAAAUAUAAAUUAGACUGUAUCUUGUGACUAGAGUUAAACAUCUGGCUGUGCCCAAGAUUAGUGUAUGACAUAUCUUCUAUUUACUUAUUCCUCUAACUCGACUGUAAGUUACCAUUUCCCAUCGAGUUCUCGCGUCGGACAUCAAUCCAACGGUGCUAUGUUAACGAAUCAGUAUAGGUAAUGAUAGCGCGACAUCACCGACGUCACAUCCGGCCGGUGUCAGUAAACUAUCCCGAUCGCUAUCUUGAGAUCGAUCCCGAGAUCAAUAAUCUGUUAGCACGUCGACCAUUCUGAUUGGUCAAUUUUCACGAUCGAUUCGGAGAUAGAUUGGGAUGAUUCAUAGCAACCGGUUGUUAGUUAUUGUAGAUGUAGGUAGACUGGACGAUGUCGAUGACUUCACUCGGGCAUUGAGCAAAUAAAUGUAAUGUUUUAAGACACUUACAUUUAUCAUCUCUAGGCUGAUAGGCAAAGAUAUUCAAAUAAUAUAGAACCGCCAUUACCGCACGUUAUCUGAAGACCCAAAAUUAUUCCAAUAAGGACGCUUGCGUACACGAGUAAAUGUCAAACUCCAGCUGUCUAGCUCAUGUUUACAUACAUGUCAAUGUAAUAAAAUGCAAAGAUAUAUGUGCGGAACACUUUUUAAAUUUCAUUUGUUGGGGUAUGUCAUAUCUUAAUUUGAAUAUGAUUGCUGAAAGGACCAGGUGCCCGAGUAAUAAAAAACUAGCGCUAGUUCGACUCUAGGUUUCUAUAGACUGAUUUAGUGGUUUAUUAGCUAGUUAUUGCGUACUUAAAUGUGUUGAUAGCAAAUAGCAAUAAAUAAGUUGCUUCAAAUAUAGCCUUGGUAAACUUCUCUAAAGCUGAGAGUGCUUUGUGUGGAUCGUGCUUGUUGAUUCAGUAUUGAAGUAUCUAUUAUGUUCGAUUUUAAAAUUGUUCAUAAAGACGUUUUUCCUGGUUAUCUUAAAACCCAGUAGGUGUGGUCGAAUUUUGUUGGAAGGUUGAGGAAUUUUGAUGUAUCGUCAGUGGUGAAAGGUGGAAUUUUCCGAUAGGUAACCCGACACAACAUAUAGAUACUAAUAUGCAUAAAUUCGUUCUGCAAAUAGUUUUAAUAAGAUUUUACAAAAAAAUUAAAAUGGAAAUCGGCACGAAUCGGGUUAUAAGGUGCCUUCGCCACUGAGCACCAUUACAAUGUUGAACGACAAUGCAAUUUUAAAUCUAUAGGUACUUCGUUUGAUAUUAUUAAAAUUAUAUUAUGCCAUUUGUAGUUACCACGGAUAGACAUACUCUUUAGUAUGUAAUUGAAAUUAGGGCGUGUGAUAUUCCUUAGUCAUUUUGACUGUGAAAAAGUAUAAAGUGGCAGUUCAAACCCUCUGACUCAGGUAAUUAGAACCACUUAAGCUUGACAAUUUGUAUUAAUAUUUGUAUUUUUUGUACUUAAUAAUUUUAAUGAUUUCCAUUACAAAACUGUUCGUUUCCCGAGAACUGGAUGUUUAGAUUAUUUUUAAAUUAUUUAAAAUGAAUAUUUAGUAUAAUUUAGUUAUUUUGCAAGUGAUUUAAAUGAAGAUGCUAGUCUGUUUAAUUCUCGCAAUUUUAGACUUCUUAAAAAAUAAUUUAUUAAUGAAAGUAAUAUAUUCUCAUUAUAGUUUCAUGAAUUUUAUUUAUUUAAUAACAUAAGCAUUUUAUUGAGAACUGGUUACAUUUAUUUAUGCUUUGUUUUUUCGUAAUAAAAACUAUUGGUUCCAAAAUUACUACAUUAUACGGGUAUAGAUAAAUGUAAUUGGUAGAAGAUAUAAGUUAGGUAUCGCCUCACGAGAAACAUUUUAAAAAUUCUAUUCUUGAUGCACGCAAGCAGCUUUCAAAGUAAGUGUAAUACACGAAACACACUAUAAUUUUUUUAACGCUAUUGUUUUAUACACUUCAAUUAUUAUCUUUCAAGUACCACUCAAAUGUUUUGUAAAAUCUAAGCACAAGAAAUGUAAACUAACACUUAGCAUAUAUAGGCUGACCUGGAACCUAGCCUGCAUUGGGGGCGCCACUUGUGCUUCGUUUUUAAGGUAGUGACCUACAUAGUGAUGUACAAGAGUUAGUUCAGUAUUUUGCCACGUGGCGAGGAUUUUCCUGGUCAGGCUAUGAAACAUUAUCGUAAAAACUUCCAUAAAUCUGUCAACGCAAUGUGAAACAUGUUUGCCGUCCAUUCACGAAUCGACUACAUUGUGCCACGUUGUGAUAGAGUUUAGCCUCCUAGCUUUACGACAUACUGCACUAGGUUAAAUCCAAAUCUGAAUCAAUUAGUUGUAGAUAUUACAGCUCCAUCAUUAUUUAAAACCCAGUUCGAGUAAGUACUAGUAAGCUAUCUGAAGCAGUCAAAUUUAUGACAAAAUAUUUCUAGUUGUAAUAGACAGCUUGGCAUGUAGGCUUUGAACUGCUGAACAUGAUUUGUAACCAGUGAGUUUUGUCAAUAGAUAUUUGAAGACGUUUUGUCCUAUGAAUAAUACGUAUUAAAACAUGCAAUUGUUUUUCUUGGCAUGUAAUGUACAAGUAUUUUUGCCCGAAUGUAGCCUAUGCUGAAGGAAGAGUCUAUAAAAAUAAUUUAUGAUAUGUGAAUAAGACUUCAAAAAAAUAAUGCAAAGGAUUUAACGCCGGUCGCAAUGUCAUGAGAAUUAGUGUGUUGUGUCAGUAUUAAAUUGUUUCAAAACGCAAUAUUACUAUAAAUAAUAGGGAUUAACCAUUCUAUGCUACAUUUAGUAUAAUAAUUCUCCAUGUAGACUAUAUUUACGGCCGCAGGCGGCAGUCUAAUGCGGGCGAGUGUGGUUAGUCCCUAACGAAAUGACACGAGUGAAGACUAGACGAUUUGGUCAAUGGCUAUUAUUUUUAAUACAUUUUAUUUGUGAAUCAUUUUGUGUGAAGGUAAGUGCGCGCUGCUGAUAAAAAUAGUAAAUAUUUCUAAUUGUUUGCCAGAAAUUAAGAUUUCAGAAAGUUGCAGUUUAAUUUCUAGUCGAAAAAUAAAUACAACAGUGUGCAGUUACCUACAAUUAUUUUUAAAGUUAUGUUUCUGUUAUUGUUUAUAAUAUAUAAAAACUGUGAAUCGUAAUUUUUGUCAAUCAUAAAUAAUUGAUGCCAUAAUGAAUCUGCAGUGUUCAAAAGAGUUAGUUUUGCAAUUUUAAAUAAUGUAUUAUGAAGUGGAUGCUUCGCUUGAGUACAAAAUAUAUGUGUGAAUUGAAUCUCUGUUCGGCAAAUUUUAUUCUCACCAUGUAAAAUAUAUAUUUUUGAAUAUGCUA